UGCCUGGGAGAGAGUGUGUGGCAAAUGUCGCAUCAGCCAGUCUCAUAAGCUCCUGGGACAAAAAGGCAGCAGGCCCGUGAGGGGACUGCCCUAGCCUGCCUUGCUCCCCGCUCAAAGCGACUGCCCCUCAGACAACCACGGAGACUCCUGGACAGAUGUUUAUUUGGGGCUACCCAGCAGGGUCACCGGGCCAGGGCACUGUGGGGCACCUGCAGGUUGCCCCGUGUCAUGAGAGAGGCGAGCAAGUGGCCUUUUCCCCGGGUCCCUCUUGGUGUGGGUCUGGGACAGCAGGCAGGGCCCAGCCCUCACCGCCACCUGCAGCGCUUCUGCAGCACCUCCCCCCACUGACUGUGGCCUUUUGUUUUCUGGGUGACACUAGCAUCAGGCGGUGUGUCCGGGUGACUAAUCUCCUCCAGGCUGGGCAGCUGUCACAGGACGGCCUGACCAGACGGGUGGAGAAAACCGACACCCUGCAGAGAGCUGGCAGGCCAGUGCCUGGCAGCCAUGGGCAGCCAGGCCUCCGGGCUCAGGCCUGGGACACAGAGCAGACUGAGGCGGGCACACCUGCGUCCAGGCCCCAGUUCUGUCUCCGACCGGCCCGGUGACCUUGUCGCUGUACUCCAAGCCUCGCUUUCCUCAGCUCAGUAAUGGAGCCACUGGUCCUGCCUGCCUCACAGGGCAUGAGAGGACAGGUGACGGCGCAGAGCCCGGGGCACAGGAGGCGUGCGGCACAUGCAGCCAUGAUGGUCAUCGUAGUUCUCUUCGCUGCCCCGUCGCAGGCUACUCUCCACUGUGUCUCGGGCUCAGCCUGGCCUUCAGAGACGCUCGGCUCCAGCAUGGACCGUGUCCAGACGAGCUAGCUGUGCACUCUGGGCAAGUUACCGCUCUGUGCCUCAGUUUCCCUUCAGGGACACGGCAUGACGCAAUGCCCAUUCCUUAGGGUAUUGUGGUUUAUAAAAUGAUGACAUGUUUGUGAAGGGCUCGGUGCAGCCGGUGAACCCGGGGCGAUAGGGGGUGGGGGGCAGUCGGUCAGUGUCAGCGCAAUGAUAGUGAUUUUAAGAGGAAGCCAAGAGCUCUGCCGGUACCUGCUCCCCUGCCCGGCGCUCACCCCCUCCCCCUCUCCCUGUCACCUGCAUGGGCGGGGUCUGUGACAGGCCGAGACCAGGAGCCUGUGAGUCUCCAACACUGCCUCCCAGGAUGGCUGCCUCUGAUGCUCCCUGGUCACAGCAGCUCAGACGCCAUGGCCACCACUCAUCUUACUUCUCGGUCCCCCUGCGCCCAUCAGGGCUGCAGCCCAACACUGUCUGCCAGGACCCAGAGGGCAGCAGCAAAUGGGCAGGCCCCAGACAUGCAGGCUGGUCUGGCCCCUCAAGCCCCAUUCUAUCCCAGCCACCACCCUGACCUCUGCCAGACCUGCAAGUGGAAGUGUUUCUCCAAGCAGAUGUCCCUGACUUGGGCCUGCCUGUGGCGCCAGGGCACAGGAGAGCACUUGAAGGCGGGACACUGGCCUCCCCUGCCCCCUGGAAGCAUAGAGGGCUUCCUGCCCUUCCCCCACUGCUAGGGAGCGGUGAGGGGGCAGAUGCCCCCAGCGUGUUAAGUAGGGACAGCAGGAGUAGGUGAAGGGGUGAAGGAAGGCCUGGGGUCAGACAGGCCAAGAGCAGAUGGCUCGAGCAAGGAUGGUCACCAGCAGGCCCGCGGGGGAUGCUCUGGGCAGCUCAGUGUUUAGACUUUGAGCAUUGGGGUUUCUAGGAUGGCUCCAAGGUCAGCUGCAGGUCCCUCGCUGGCAGAGCUGGAGGGGUUUUCAGACCUCACCGAGGACUUCCACACGUGGGAUGUGCACACCUGCCUCUUUAGAAGGGAGCGAGAGGGCAUCUGGUGCUGGAACGGUCUUUACUGUCAGCCCCUGAGCUUCAGAUGCACGCGCACUCAGAAUCCAGAGGGCUCUGGUCUUGGCUUAAGCCUCUCGUGGCCUCCCAUACUGAGUCCCUGGGUGAAGACUCCCUUGCAGCUGCCCCUCCAGUUCUGAGGGCCUCAUUCCCAGAGUCCUUGAAUCCCUGAACUGGACUUCAGACCCUCUCCGUGUCUAGGUGCCAUGCUCAGCCAGGCCCUGUUCAGUGGCUGGGGGUGUAGGGGUGUCCUUAGUUUUCUUCAGAGAGCCUCGUUUAUUGUAAUGGGUUAGUUCAUGCCACGUCCCCGAGGGCACCUAAUAACCCUAACCUGCUUCUUAUGGGUGACAAGAGAGGAAGCCUUGUCCCGGCCCUGUCUGUCUAGGCCCAGUUCCUAACUGGCAUCCAGAACCCCAGCUUCCAGCUUCCUUUUCUUUUCCUUUCAUCAGCUUCAGGCAAGCGAGUCUAAGUUCUUCAGGCCGGGGCUUUGCGGAUAAUGGUGCCUGGACAGGGGAAGCGGGAGGUGUAGCGGGAGGCCCCCACCACCACCACCCAUCACUCCUGCGGUGUAACUGGGGACGGCAUCAGUACUUCUAAGGGUUAUAAAUGUGGGCCCCCCAAGGAUUCUUUGCUACCGUCGAGCACCUCACAUACAGAGGUCAGAAGCCAUAGACACCCCCCUUCCUCCCAAGUGCCCCUUCUCUGCUCAGUGGGCAGAGGCUGUGAAUGGGCUCCUGGGCAUAGGAUGGGCCAUGACCUGACCUGGCUCCUGAUGCGCCUGGUCUCUGUGCCCAACAGCCACCUGCCUGCCCCUGCCAUGGAUACCUUCUUUAAGAGACACUUCCAGCGGAAGGCCCCAGGUCCCGGAGAGGGGCAGCGGAGGCCCAGUGGCGUGGGGCUGCCCACGGGCAAGGCCCGGCGCCGUUCCCCUGCUGGGCAGGCCUCCGCCUCGUUGGUCCAACGGCGCCGCUCCAGUGCACAGCUGCAGGGCUGCCUCCUGAGCUGCGGCAUGGGGACCUGGGGCUCCAGUCGCCGGCGCUCCAGCACCGUUCCUCCUGCCCACAACCCCCGGUUCAUCGUAGAUGAGGUGUCCCCCACACAGUCGGCCAACAUAGGGGCCCAACUUCUGAGCUCACCCCUGCUGUUGGCCCGGCUGGUGGGCAUGGAGGAGGAGGAGGAGGAGAAGAAGGGGCCCCAGGGGGAGGAUGUGCCAGCUGUGGCAUUAGGAGCUGCGCAGCUGGGCACCGAGAGAGCCGGGCCGCCCCCCCACCAUGCUGCCCGGCCCCUGCUGCCCAUGCCUCGUUGCCUGCGCCGGCGCCGCGCCUCCUCCCACCUGCUCCCGGCAGACGUGGCGUGCGAUCCCACCCUCUGGGGCCUGCACGGCUACUAUCGGCGCCUCAGCCAGCAGCGGCCCUUGGGCCAGCACCCUGGCCCUGGGGGCCGAAGAGCCUCGGGCACCACAGCUGGCAUGCGGCCGCUCUCCCGCCGGCGGCAGGUAGCGCUGCGGCGCAAGUCGCCGGGACCCCAGGCCUGGAGCGCCCUGCUUGCGAAAGCCAUCACCAAGUCGGGCCUCCCGCACCUGGCACCCCCUCCUCCCGCCCCAGGAGCCCCGUGCGGCGAGCCAGAGCGGCAGAUCCGGAGCACCGUGGACUGGAGCGAAUCAGCGACGUAUGGGGAGCACAUCUGGUUCGAGACCAACGUGUCGGGGGACUUCUGCUAUGUUGGGGAGCAGUAUUGUGUAGCUAAGAUGCUGCAGAAGUCAGUGUCCCGGAGAAAGUGUGCCGCCUGCAAGAUUGUGGUGCAUACUCCCUGCAUUGAGCAGCUGGAAAAGAUAAAUUUCCGCUGCAAGCCAUCCUUCCGGGAAUCGGGCUCCAGGAAUGUUCGUGAGCCAACCUUCGUGCGGCACCAUUGGGUACACAGGCGACGCCAGGAUGGCAAGUGUCGGCACUGUGGGAAGGGCUUCCAGCAGAAGUUCACCUUCCACAGCAAGGAGAUCGUAGCCAUCAGCUGCUCCUGGUGCAAGCAAGCCUACCACAGCAAGGUGUCCUGCUUCAUGCUGCAGCAGAUCGAGGAGCCGUGCUCCCUGGGGGUCCACGCCGCAGUGGUCAUCCCGCCAACCUGGAUCCUCCGUGCCCGCAGGCCCCAGAAUACCCUCAAGGCAAGCAAGAAGAAAAAGAGGGCAUCCUUCAAGAGGAAAUCUAGCAAGAAAGGGCCUGAGGAGGGCCGCUGGAGACCCUUCAUCAUCAGGCCCACCCCGUCCCCCCUCAUGAAGCCCCUGCUGGUGUUUGUGAACCCCAAGAGUGGGGGCAACCAGGGCGCUAAGAUCAUCCAGUCCUUCCUGUGGUAUCUCAAUCCCCGACAAGUCUUUGACCUGAGCCAGGGAGGGCCCAAGGAGGCGCUGGAGAUGUACCGCAAAGUGCACAACCUGCGGAUCCUGGCGUGCGGGGGCGACGGCACAGUCGGCUGGAUCCUCUCCACCCUGGACCAGCUGCGCUUAAAACCACCGCCCCCUGUUGCCAUCCUGCCCCUGGGCACCGGCAAUGACUUGGCCCGCACCCUCAACUGGGGUGGGGGCUACACAGACGAGCCCGUGUCCAAGAUCCUCUCCCACGUGGAGGAGGGGAACGUGGUGCAGCUGGACCGCUGGGACCUCCGCGCUGAGCCCAACCCGGAGGCAGGGCCCGAGGAGCGAGACGAGGGAGCCACGGACCGGCUGCCCCUGGACGUCUUCAACAACUACUUCAGCCUGGGCUUUGACGCCCACGUCACCCUGGAGUUUCACGAGUCACGAGAGGCCAACCCAGAGAAAUUCAACAGCCGCUUUCGGAACAAGAUGUUCUAUGCCGGGACAGCCUUCUCUGACUUCCUGAUGGGCAGCUCCAAGGACUUGGCAAAGCACAUCCGCGUGGUGUGUGACGGGAUGGACCUGACCCCCAAGAUUCAGGACCUGAAACCCCAGUGCAUUGUUUUCCUGAACAUCCCCAGGUACUGUGCAGGCACCAUGCCCUGGGGCCACCCUGGCGAGCACCACGACUUUGAGCCCCAGCGACAUGAUGAUGGCUACCUCGAGGUCAUUGGCUUCACCAUGACAUCCCUGGCAGCGCUGCAGGUGGGAGGGCACGGGGAGCGGCUGACCCAGUGCCGAGAGGUGGUGCUCACCACGUCCAAGGCCAUCCCGGUGCAGGUGGACGGCGAGCCCUGCAAGCUGGCCGCCUCCCGCAUCCGCAUUGCCCUGCGCAACCAAGCCACCAUGGUGCAGAAGGCCAAGCGGCGCAGCGCCGCGCCCCUGCACAGCGACCAGCAGCCGGUGCCUGAGCAGCUGCGCAUCCAGGUGAGCAGAGUCAGCAUGCACGACUACGAGGCCCUGCACUACGACAAGGAGCAGCUCAAGGAGGCCUCUGUGCCACUGGGCACUGUGGUGGUCCCAGGAGACAGCGACCUGGAGCACUGCCGCACCCACAUCGAGAGGCUGCAGCAGGAGCCGGAAGGUGCUGGAGCCAAGUCCCCAACGUGCCAGAAACUGUCUCCUAAGUGGUGCUUCCUGGAUGCCACCACUGCCAGUCGCUUCUACAGGAUUGACCGGGCCCAGGAGCACCUCAACUAUGUGACCGAGAUCGCCCAGGACGAGAUCUACAUCCUGGACCCCGAGCUGCUGGGGGCAUCGGCCCGGCCUGACCUCCCAACCCCCACUUCCCCCCUCCCCACCUCACCCUGCUCACCCACACCCCGGUCACUGCCAGGGGAUGCUGCACCCCCUAAAGGUGAAGAGCUGAUUGAGGCUGCCAAGAGGAACAACUUCUGUAAGCUCCAGGAGCUGCACCGAGCCGGGGGGGACCUCAUGCACCGGGAUGAGCGGAGCCGCACCCUCCUGCACCACGCUGUCAGCGCCGGCAGCAAGGACGUGGUCCGCUACCUGCUGGACCACGCGCCCUCGGAGAUCCUUGAUGCUGUGGAGGAAAACGGGGAGACCUGUCUGCACCAGGCCGCGGCCCUGGGCCAGCGCACCAUCUGCCACUACAUCGUGGAGGCCGGGGCCUCGCUCAUGAAGACGGACCAGCAGGGUGACACUCCCAGGCAGCGGGCUGAGAAGGCUCAGGACACGGAGCUGGCCGCCUACCUGGAGAACCGGCAGCACUACCAGAUGAUCCAGCGGGAGGACCAGGAGACAGCUGUGUAGCUGUGGGGCCAAAGCUGGGGCAGCAGGGGGCCUGGGCUGGCCAGAGGAUGAGCCCCCUGCUUGCCCAUCUCACUGCCACAUUCCAGUGGGACAGCCACGGGGGGACCCAUGCCCCAGGGAAGGAGCCCCGUGUCGCCCGCUACGGAGCCGCCCAGGCUGGACUCUGAGAAGCUGGGGUGUCUCACCUGCACGGGAGGCCCCAACCUGACCUGGUGGCUCACAGGGGAACAGGAAACUGAACUGGGCUGGGCAGGAUUUUCAGGGGCUGAGACUGGGUCACUCUGGGUGGCCCUCACCCUCACCGGAGCGACUGCCCUCCCGGGAGAUGAGGGCCCCGGGGGGAGGGCGGAAGGGCCGGAGGCCGGCGGGACAGCCUCCGAAGCCACCCAGACCUCCCGAGCCCUGCUCGGGGUCCCGGGAGCCGCGACCCCGGGCUGCCCUGACCCCACCCGCCCAGGGCUUCCUCCGGGAGACGCGGGGCCGCUGCACUCGCUGCCCGCUGACCUGCUUGGCACCGACCGCGUGACCCUUCCCCUGCACCCAGUCAUUUCAUUGGGGACUUUGUGGCCUGGGGACUGGGGCGGGGCGCGCGGUGAGAUGUUUACAGCUGGGUAUGACUCAGUAAA